AUGCUUGCCAGAGCAGCGCAGACGUGCGCGCGACGCGGUGCGCCCCGCGUCGCAGCGCGCGCCGCGUCGUCGGCGGCCCGGCAGCGCGCGCGCGCGCCGCGCGUGCUGGCGGGCGCGGCGGCGGGCCUGGGCCUCGGCUGGGCCGCGGUGCACCGCCCCGGCGCGGCGCCGGCGCGCUGCGAGGCCGCAAUCGCGGACGAGCCCGCCGCGGAGGCGGCGGCGGCCGAGGCGGCGGUCCAGGCGGCGGCCCUCGCCGCGCGGAACCGCGCGUGGCGCGACGCGCUGCGCGAGGCGCUGGCGCACUGGGCGUCGUUCCUGAGCCUGUGCCUCGCGACGUUCGUCGCGACGGCCGUCGAGCGCGUCGCGCUCGCGAGCCAGGUGCAGCAGCUCGUGGCGCUGCCGGGCCAGGUCGGGCUCGACGACGCGCUGCGCCACGUCGCGGCGAUCUUCGGCAUCAAGGCGGUCCACCUGCUCGCGGAGGCGGUCAAGGGCCUCGUCGCGGGCCGGCUCGGCGCGGCGCUGGAGCGGCGCGGGCGCGCGCGGUGGCUCGCCGCGCGGCAGAAGGCCGGCGGGGCCGAGGGCGCCGACGACGCGCAGCUCGCCGCGGGCCCGAAGCUCCUCGUCGUCGACGCGGCGCCGCGCGUGGUGGUCGAGGGAACCUUCGGCGUCGUGGGCGCGGCCGGCGCGCUGCGCGCGUCGCCGUUCCAGGCGGUGUACUUCGUCGCGCACGAGGCGCUGCUGGGGCAGGUCGUCGGCGCGGUCGCGGCGGCGCUCGCGGCGGCGCGCGACGCGCGCCAGGCCGACGACGACGCCGCGCGCGCGGCGUGGGCCGCCGCCGCGACAACGGGGGCGGGCGAGCCGCCCGACGACGCGCACCUCCGCGCCACGGCCGUGGCCCUGGGCGACGCGCAACUCGCGUUCGAGCGCGCGGUCGACGCCAGCCAGCUCGCCGUGCUCGCGUCGUACGUGGUCACGUCCACGUGCUUCGUCGAGCGCCGUUUCCUGGGGGCCGACGCGGAGAAGUACCAGAAGGUCAUGGGCUUCGCCGGCGGCGCGAUGCAGGCGGCGCAGGAGAUCGGGUCGUGCGCCGAGGCGCUGGGCCGCGGCACGGAUCUGAUGGUGAAGCUCCACGCGCUCGAGGACGCCGGCGCCGUGGACGCGCUCGCGGCGUCGCCGUACUUCGGGGGGGCGCUAGGGAAGCGCUGAACGCCAAGGCCGCCCGCGUAUAUGUCUAAUUAUCUUCUUAGCCCCG